CGCGCCCCAGAGCGGACGUCGCGCACCCCUAACAAAUAUACUCGUCUAUUAUAGAUCGCAACUUAAGUUCAGAACAUUCCGUUUUUAAAUCACUAAAAUAAAGUUAACCGAGUUCAUUCUGUGCUUUCCAAGGGGUGCCGGCUGAGUCAUCAAAGGAUCAGGAACAGAUAAAAUGAUUGUAAGGAAAGUAUUUACGAAGGAAAAAUAAUGAUUAUAUCUCAAUAAUAAACAACGGCAGAUAUGGAGGCAGCUUUGCCGCACUUUCAUCGCUUAGCUUCUUCAAGAUUCUACCAACAAUAUGCAGCUCCACCGGUUCAUAUAUCCAGUAACUAUCUCCACGAUCUUGUCCCACAACAGCAUCCAACGCUUCUUCAACAAUACCUCUCCUACUACCAUGAACCAUCGGUACCCCUCGAUCUCUCUCUUAAGCAAACCACACCCAUCACUCCUCCUUGUACUCCACCACCUCAAAAAAGAAAGCUGACAGACGAGACUAAAGUACACAAACGACCUAAAAUCUUUCGUCACUUUGAGGACGACGAGACGAAAGAUGAAUCCGAAGACAAAAUUAAACGAAAAAUUUACGAAGAAAAUUCGAACGACAGCGAUAGCCCUGAAGCAAAAAAAUUAAAGUUUACAAAACAGUUUUUCGACGAAUUGCGUACUUGCCUCCCAAACGAUGGGGAGAAAAGUGGCAGAAGUUCACCAGAAAUUGUUGAGAUCAAGGACGUCGAAGAGCGCCCCAGAAAGUCACCGAAACCGCAACAGCCAUUGAAGAAAAGCAAAGUUGUUAGGCGAUUGAUGUUUGACGAAGAUAAGACCUCGCCGGUAUCAGGGACUAUUAUAAGAGAUCUUGAUGAAGACGAGACUUUAGUAGUGAGAAAGGGUGACAUAGACCCCGCAUUUAACGUGGUGGAAGUAACUGAGGAGGCAAAAGCUUUGAUAGCAACGAUCGAGAACCGUCUGGGUCGAUACAUCUGCAGACUGUGCAGGCGUUUGUACAAUGACGCAUUUGCUCUGGCCCAGCACAGAUGUUCUAGAAUUGUACAUAUUGAAUAUCGGUGUCCGGAAUGCGAUAAGGUCUUUAACUGCCCAGCCAAUCUGGCUUCGCAUCGCCGAUGGCAUAAGCCUAGGGUACCUGGAGCGACCAAGCGUCGAGAGCCUGCGAACACAGAAUCGGGCCGCUUCUCUUGCGAGAGGUGUGGAAAGCUCUUCCGAAGGCAGGCGUAUCUACGGAAACACCUUUUAGCUCAUGAACAACCAGACAACGAUAUUGAUAAGGAGCCAUCGGCCUUCCGUCAAGUCCAAGUUGAUUAUUCAUAUCAACCGGAAACCGUGCGAGACAACAAUUUCAACAACUUCUGGAAUAAGAUACCGCCCCUGCAAAGAGAGACGAGCUGGGAGGAUGUUCGCGCUCGCUGUCCUUCAAAUUGCUCCUCUGAGGACUCCCGAAGCCUUGAUGUCACGGGAUCGGAGGACGAAGGGGGCGGGACGGUGGAUGGCUGACGUCACAUCCUGCGGCCCGUGCCGCGAUUUCCGUACAACCUUGGGUCUGCCUACCCCUAUUCAGGGCCGUAUGGAGACUCUUUCUAUUUCUCCUAAAGGUAUCACUAGCAUCGGCAUUCUGUGUAUAAAUCGUAAAUAAUAAUCAUGUAGUUUAGAAAUAAUGGUGUAUAGGUGUGUUUUAGCUUAAUACGAAUUGUACAGUGGGGAUACCUUUAUAACAGAUUUUAAGUUGUAUUUUUUUUAAUUUAGAAUUUUUAAUUGUACAUUCUCCUACAGCAGCAUUCCAAAAUGAUUUGAGACGAUGUCAAACAUAUCUCAUGUGUAAAUAACACAUUUAAUGUAACAUAUAUAUUAUAUAUAUAUGAAGUAGCUUAAAAAUCAGUAAUAAAUUUUAAGGUAUAGUUCACUUCGAAAAUUAACAAAUCAUCAUGAAUCAAUUCCAAGAUAAAUCUGCAGAGAAGUUAAAAAUUAUUUUUCAAUGUCCAGAUAAUUUCAGAAGGUUCGAAACCAUUUAAUUCAUGUGUCUACCAAUUGAAAUGUCACCAGUUUAAAGAAGGUCAUUUCUGUCUUGAAAUACGUGAAUUACAAAAUCAAUAAGUUUGUGCAUAUUUUUAGAUGCACCACAUCGAUACUUCUCAUAAUUAUUUCAUUGCCUCCAUGGCAAUUCUCGGGGGUCAUGUCCUACUUAUGGCUCUAUGAAUAGAGGUACAAUGUACGAUUAUUAAGGUACGAUUUCUAGUCUUGAAACCAAAUAAAAAUAUUUUGUAAACUAAUUUAGCUUUUGUAAGUUUUAGUCACUAAAACCAAAUAUUUAAUCUAAGAUCUCGAGUAUAAAACCUAGUCAAAUACUAUUAUUGUUGUUCACUUGCAACAGCAAAUAAAUCCCGAGACAACGAACAAAAACAAGAAACGUAUUAGUAUAAUACGUAAGCAAGAAAUAAUUCUAUAAAAAUUCAUGUCACUGUUCGAUAAGAAUAACGGGAAGAUUUUUCGGUCAAUCAAAGCCUAGUCAAGCAUUUACUAGUCAAGUAUCUUUUGAUCUCAAUAUAUUCUAAUAAAGUUUUGUCUAGUCAUUAUAUUAUUAAUCACUAUAGUUUGCAUUUACAAAGAAAAGAAGUGUAUAUUAAUUACGACAAGCGACUUAUUUUUAUCGUAAUUCUAGUCAAAUCAUAAAAAUAUUAUAUUUUCUAGUCAUUUUUAAAUAUAAAUUUAUUUUUACUACAAAGUCAAGAUUUAUUUACUACUUUAUUUUUAAAUUCAAAUUUAUUUACAGAAAUAUAUAUGUAUGAGUAGGUACUCGAUUUUUAAGCUACUUCUAAAAUUAAAUAAUAGAAACGUAUAACGUUAUCCUAAUUUAUUAUGAGUUUAUGGGGAGUAUGACAAGUAAGAACUUAUAUAGGCUAAGUUGAAAGAUGUCCUGCACCCCUUAAGUUAUUAGUUUAUUAGUUAAGAGAGAUAUAUAAGAGGAGAUAUUGAGUGGAAUCUAGUCAGUGUGUUUUUGAAACGCGUUCCAAAGAUGUAUAUAAAUGACGCUAUAUUUUAACAUUAAUUUAGAUUUAUAUAUUAUAAUUUUUAACAUUUAAACCCAAAAUUAAUGUCUCUUGUAUUAGUUUGGUAAUAAUAAACAUAUUUUGGCGAUCGCAAUUGAAAGUAUAAUCAAUAUAUUUGUGUUGUUUUGUGUAAUAUUAAAAUAAUAGUAGUACAUAUUUAUAAAACAUAAUAUAGUACUAUCAAUGUUUAGAAAAACGAAUAGUGAAAAUUUUAUGCAAAGUGUUGUUUAAAAUAUGCCGUCAUAAUUAUUAACCAACUAUGACGUAUAGCAAUAGGUAUAUAAUAAUAAAAAAUAUAAUAUUAUGCAAAAAUAAAUGUGUGUUAUUCACUUCUUAGUAUAGCUUGUGCACUGUUUGAUAUUUUUUAGAAUAAGUAACAUUUAAAUUUGUAAAUUAUAAGUCUUGUAUAUUAUUAUUUAAUAUAUUGUCAAUGUAUG